AUGGCAUCACCACCACCAAUACACGAAGAACUUCAAUAUCUUGACCUUAUUAGACGUAUAAUAGAAUAUGGUGAACAUAGAAAAGAUCGCACCGGAACAGGAACCUUAUCAAUAUUUGCGCCACCGCAGUUGGGCUUUUCUUUACGUGAUAAUAUUUUACCUUUAUUAACAACUAAGCGCGUUUUUACGCGUGCUAUUAUAGAAGAAUUAUUAUGGUUUAUUAAAGGUAAUACAAAUAGCAAACAUUUAACCGAAAAAGGUAUUCAUAUUUGGGACGGUAAUGGUUCUCGUGAAUAUUUGGAUAAAAUUGGGCUAUCACAUAGAAAAGAAGGUGAUUUGGGUCCUGUUUAUGGAUUCCAAUGGAGACAUUUUGGUGCUGAGUACAUUGAUUGCGAUACGGAUUACACUGGUAAAGGUGUUGAUCAACUGCAAGAGGUCAUCGAUAAAAUUAAAAAUACUCCAAAUGAUAGACGAAUCAUUCUCAGUGCUUGGAAUCCAGCUGAUUUAAAGAAAAUGGCAUUACCACCAUGUCAUAUGUUUUGCCAAUUCUAUGUAUCAAAUACGAAAAGAUUAUCGUGUCUUCUUUAUCAAAGAUCAUGUGAUGUUGGACUUGGUGUACCAUUUAACAUUGCAAGCUAUGCUAUAUUAACUCAUAUGAUUGCUCAUGUAACGGGUUGUAGUCCUGGUGAAUUUAUUCAUACCAUGGGUGAUACUCAUAUAUAUAAUGAUCAUAUUAAUGCUUUAAAAACUCAAAUCGAACGUGAACCAAAAGCAUUUCCUCGUUUGAAAUUUAGACGCAAAAUUAAUAAUAUUGAUGAUUUUAAAUAUGAUGAUUUUAUUAUUACUGGUUAUGAACCUCAUCCUCAAAUCAAAAUGAAAAUGUCUGUAUAA